CAAGUGGAUCAUGAAUACUGGUUGAUUACUUGAAAGCACUGCUGAAAGUAAGUUCCUCUAGAGAACAGCCUGCCAGUGUGGGGUCAUGGAGACUCUCAGGGCAAUAGAUCUGAGUUUUCUGACAGCUGAAGAGGAGGCAGUUAUCAAAGAUGUGUUAAACAGAGAUGCUAGCCUGAGGAAAUGUGAGGAGAAGAGAAUUCGAAAAAUGAAAAAGUCUAUAAGAGAUCCUGGAUGUUUAAAAUUGAAAACUGGUGAAUGGUUUGAAGACUUAAAAUCAAAACGAUACAUUGAAUAUUCCAGUGCAACUGACCUGCUAAAAUAUGCGUUUCAAAAGGAAAGAAAACCAGGGCUAUUUAUAUCACUGCAAAAGUCUUGGUUGUCAAAAGCAAAAGUCAAGAACUGUACAGCACUGGAAAGAAUGUUUAAAGAGAUAACACCACCUCCAAAAUCCGUUACAAGCAGGGACAAUGAAAGAAAAGCAUCUGGCUCUUUUACUGUAGAAGAGAUGAGCAUCACACAGGUUCUGAAAGAUCUGGAGCUGAUUCUGGAACUAGAGAUAGCUAAAGCUGAGAACCAAACUCCAACAGAAGAGGCUGCUUUUUCCAUUAAAACAGUUGAAAGCCCACUAGUGGAAAAUACAGAUCACUCUGGACAAUCUGACAUUUUAACAUCUGUAUCUCCCACUGAAACAAAACAUCAUAAGCCUGAAAGACAUUUCUUCCAUGACAAAAAUGUAUGCCUAAAAGAAGAAAGCAUAAUCCAUGGAAAGUCUUUCACUGUUGGAUCACAAGCAGUCAGUUCAACAGAGCUGCAAUUUUUUGAGGACUUUCUUAAACACACUAAAGGCAAUAAUAGCCCAUUUUGCUCUUCACCAUGCUUGCCAGAAGAAAACAUUUUCCAAGAAACUGAUGCGAAAAAUGAGAAAUGCAUAAGUCUUGACAGUCAAACUAUAAAAGAGCCCUUAUCAACAAGUGAAAAUGUUGGAAUCGGUUGUAAUAAUCUGUCAAGUAAUUCAGACUCUGAUGAAUGUUCGUUAGAAGACAAUGAGAGCACAAUUGAGCAAUCAACGCUGCUGGCAGUCACUUUAUCUAUUUUGCCAGAAGAUGUUGGCAUAUUACAGACUCCCACAGACUGGAAACUCCAGCAUCAGCAACAACACUGUAAGAAAGCAAAUUCAUCUUUGCCACAAGUUGAAGAACCUGCUGAAAGAAUGGUGAAGGAAAAUCUUGCCACAUCUAAAAAUUCCAGUAACCAUAAUUUGUAUAUUAAAUCUCAGCAACAACAAAAUGUUCACUACAGUCCCAGUAUUGCUGCCAAUGUUGGUUCACUUGAUUAUGGCUCUAAUUUAGAGCAGCCCCAAGGAUCCAAAUAAAACUGAUUAAUCAAUGUCCUCUCUACAGACUGCAAUGUCAACAUAUUGUUGCGUUUAUAACAUGAUUUGGUUCAAGGUUAUAGGAAUGAGCAGGAGAUAUAAAGUCUAUCCAUUAAUCACCCAGUUAGCAACAUAUCAGGCUACAAAUGUUGGAAAACAUAUUUGACAUUAAUCUUGUAUGUGACAAUCAGUGAUGUAAUGAUGUAAAUGUUUAAGGGAGAUUAUUAAAGAAAGCAUAGGAAUCUGAAGGUGUAUAAUUUAAUUCUCUUUUUUUUUAAUAAAUU